AUGCGUACUAAGGGGACAUCGUUCUGGUUGCUAAUUUUUGCAGCAUUCCAAGGCUCUUCGGGAGUUGAACUCAAAAAGAAAGUCAGAUUUGGAAACGUCUCCUAUAUGAGAAUACAGCGAUAUACGAAUAAAACGCUCUUAUCUUUAGAUAACGAGAAGAAGUAUACUUUGGGCUUGGACAUUCUGAUGAUGGCAGAUUACUCAACUUUCCAAGGUUUUGUUGAUAUGUCUGAUGGCGACAUGCAGAUGGGACGGAUUUACACUCUGGAGUACUUGCAGGCAGUCUUCGAGCAAGUAAAGGCCAUCUAUGAUGAGAUCAAGAUUUUGGACCAAACCAUUCAUAUGAAAAUGAUCGGCAGUUUCGUAGCCUUCCGGGAAGACGAUUGUCCUAUGUUUUAUGCGCUUGGAGAAUUUGAGGAUACAAGCACGCAAAAUAUGACCAAUUUUGACAACACAACAAUGCAACUUGAUUUUGAAGAAAACAAUAGCACAGAGCUAACGCUGAGCAUAUCUGCUGUAGAUGCACUCGACAGGUUUACUGUAUGGCUCAAAAAUCACGAAUCAUUUCUGCCAAAACAUGAUUAUGCAAUCCUCAUCACAAAAUUUGACCUUGUUUCGCCUCGUGGUGAAUCAGCAACGCAAGGAAUGGCUUAUGUCGGCAAUAUUUGCCAAGGGUCUGAAUCUGCAAGCAUCGUAGAAGACGUUGGAGCAGCUGCAACUGCGCUGAUUGCUGCACAUGAGUUAGGACACAGCCUCGGAGCGUUUCAUGACGGCAACCCCGGAGCUGCAGACUGCCCGUCUGAGGCAAAUUUUCUUAUGGCCGUCACUGUAUCUGGCACCGAAGACUAUGAACGCUUUGCACACAGCCGAGUAAUGAGUCCGUGCAGUGUCAAGAAUAUCGAGAGGAAGUUGAAAAAAUCAUCGGCACAAUGUGUUUGGAAGCCAAAGCAGCCUGACUACCAGCUACUAAAGGAAUCAUUUACUGGAGACUCGAAGGAGCGCACUCCUGGAGAGAUGAUAGGACUGCGACAACAAUGCCAAAUUGCAUUUAGUCCUCAUUAUGGCGUCUGCCCGAGCAAAGACUACUUUCGUGGCGUCGAUCUAUGUCACCGAAUCUGGUGUAAAGAUCGAACUAAAAAGAGAAGUGAACCUUGCGAGACAAGAAGCUAUCUGCCUGCAUUGGAUGGCACGGAGUGUGGAAAAAUGAAGUGGUGUAUUGCUGGUCGCUGCGUCGACAAUCCAAAGAAAAUGCAAGAGUGCGUCGACAUUAACCCGAAGACAUGUCGUGUAUAUUCAAAGGUGAAACUACGGCACUACUGCAAAGCUAAAGACUUCUCAGACAUCUGUUGCCGCUCUUGCUCACAGUUAAAAGAUCUCUGA